AUGCUGCGUGCAAGUAGAUCAAAGAUCAAAACCAUGCCACCCAAAGUACAACGUGCCAAGAAGGUUCUCAAAACCCUUUCUCAACCCAGCUCCACCUCCACUAGCAUUGUCAAUUCGCAGUGUAUUCUAUCUGAGUCAGCGAAUUUCGAAAAUAUGUCGGCAAUGGAACUCAUAAAAAAUAUUAUGGAGCUUAAUAGAGACCCUGCCAUUGAGAACAUGCUCAUCGCCCUUGCAGAGAAAAUACCUAAGGAGUUUACGGAUUUUCUCGAGAGCGACAAGCGUGACCGCAGCAUAGUAGACUGGAAAAACCUAAGAGCAGGCAACACGUCCUCAGCUGCCUUUCUGGAUUUCUUCCAAGAAAGUGGUCUCGAACAACACGUCCUCCAACCGACGCAUGGCAGCAACACCCUCGACUUGGUACUGUCCACUUCGCCCAGUAUACAAAACGUAUCACUUCGUCCUCCUCUUGCCAAUUCAGACCAUGCCUCCGUUCGCUUCGAGUUACUGGAGGGUUUCAGUUACGCUGCACUCCUCCCUACUCCUGAUUUUCUAAACGUGAACUAUGACCGCCUAAAUGAGUAUCUUUCGAAUGUUGAUUGGCUUGGUCUAUUCAACAACUACGUUUCCAUGGACGACAUUUAUCGGAGAUUCUGCAAGACCGUCUACAAGGCUUUGGCCUUAUUCGUUCCACUGAAGUUUCCUCAGCUUCGCCCUUUCAAGUAUCCAUUGCACAUCAGGAAUUUGUUGGCUCAGAAAGAACGCUUAUUUCGUAUUCUGGAUAAUCCCAUGAGUUGCCCACUAUACAGGAAA